AUGUCGGCCCCAUCGGAUCCAUCCAACACACGCGGCGCGCAGCCGCAAGCCAAACGACAUACCAAGGUCAAGUCAGGGUGCCGCACAUGCAAAUUGCGGAGAAUCAAGUGUGACGAGGGUCGGCCCGCCUGCCAACGAUGUGUGUCUUCGCGUCGGGUGUGCGAGGGCUACGGCAUCUGGGGUGGCGGCAGUCAAGUCUACAGUCCUGCUGCUGCUGCUGCUGCUACCAGCGCUAGCGUCAACGUCAACGCCAAUGCCGUGACCUUGUCCCAAGCGACCGAGCCUCGGAGGCAAACAGUCACCGAGGCCGAGUACCGCUACCUAGACUGGUUCAAGGAGCGGGCAAGGGCGAAACUCAUGGGACCUUUUGACUGGAACUUCUGGGACAAUCUCUUGAUUCAAGCCACUGCGAGCGAGCCAGCUGUUUUGCACGCUGCAUUGGCUAUCAGCACUGCACACCAAGCACGGUUCACAGCUGCCGCCGCCGCACUCGGCAAUGCUAACCGCAUCCCGUCCCUCGACACCCCUGACGGCCUGGAGCGGUUCACGCUCGAGCAGUACAACAAAUCCAUCAGGCAUCUCAACCGACAGCCAGUGUCUGGAAGCGGUAGCAAGCCCGCUGUCCGCGUUACGCUGAUUACCUGCGCCGUCUUUGUUUGCCUCGAGAACCUCCGCGGCAACUAUCGCACCGCAUACAAGCACCUGCAGAAUGGCUUGCGUCUCUUGAACCAGAUGCAGCCCUCGCGCGCGGCAGGGCCAAGGCGCAAAGAUUCCAUGACCUUGGAAGUAGGACCGAAGCAGCAUCGCGAGGUUAUCGACGAUUGGCUCGUCGACACGUUUGCCCGCCUCAACCUGCAGGCUACGAUGCUUGGUGGGACAAGCAAUCCCCACCAGGUGGUGCCCCGGACCCUGAGUCCACAGCUACCCACACAUUCAUAUGAAUCAGUCGCCCAGGCAAGACUGCACAUUGAUCGUCUGGUGAACAACAUCAUAUGCCUGCAGGCCGACCGGGAUGGCCGCGAGGAGAGCACCACCAAGCAGCUUGCCGAACAGAAGCUUAUCCUGGCCGAGCUGGAGAUAUGGCACAAAGCCUUCGUCACAUAUGAAAAGGAGUGCAUUGGCGUCUACAACAUUAAAGAACGCAUCGCUGCCACUGUGUUGCAUUCCUUUCAUGCCAUGGGAGUCAUGAUGGUGACAACGUGCGUGGGGCCCCACAGCGAAAUGAGUUAUGACGCGCUCACGAAGCACUUCAUGACCAUCAUCGACGACUCGCGCGAGAUGGUGAACGUCUGCUAUACUUUCCUCCCAAAGCACACGUAUGGAGUGUCGCACGUCGACAUUGGAUGGCUCGCACCCCUGUACUACACGGCGAUCAGAUGCCGCAUCCGUCGAAUACGACACCAGGCCAUCAAGCUUAUGCGUGUAGCCGGCCACAAUGAGGGCUUUUGGGACGCGAGGAUUGCUGCUGGUAUCGCGGCCGACGUUGUAAAGGUUGAGGAGAGCAACUUCUUUGCGAAUCCCCAGGAGGACGAGGACCUCAGGAAACUAGCUGCCCUGAAUCCCUUGCCGUCUGAAGAAGAACUUCUGAAGCUGCCCGUCCUGCCUGAAAAUCGCAGGCUGCGCAACGUGAAAAUCACACUUCCCGACAAUCUUGACGAGAAGCUCAAAGCGAACUGGGAAACCAAGCUCGAAGAUGGAGAAUGGAAGCACAUAACCAAGGAGUAUGAUCUGGCGGAAAUCAAUGACCAUUACCAGUUCGUCAAGUCGGAUUGA